GCGCGCGCACCAUGAACCCUCCUCGCGUGCGGAGCGGCGGACACCUGAGGCGGUUCUCGAGAAGGUUCGAUAAAACCUCAUACCGGAACUGGGUUGUGCGGAAAUGUCGGUCGUUCCGCAGCUCGUCAAAAUCGGGAUUUCGCUGAAGAUGCUUCCCAACAACACCGCCGUCUACUUCAAGUCUGACGGCGGCAGGUUCGGCCAAACCCGAACCAUCAAGCUGCUGACCGGGUCCAAGUACAAGAUCCAGGUGGUGGUUAAACCCGGAGCCGUCGAGGCCACGUCGAUGAGCUUGGGCGGAGUCACCUUCGCCCUGGAGCAGCAGUCCAAAGAUCCACAGUCGGUGGUCUACACGGCUCUCUACGACACCGAGGGGAUGGCCCACACCAAGAGUGGGGAGAGGCAACCUGUUCAGAUCAGCAUACAGUUCACGGAGGCGGGCGUGUUUGAGACGGUGUGGCAGGUGAAGUACUACAACUACAACAAGCGGGACCACUGCCAGUGGGGGAACAGCUUCAACAGCAUCGACUACGAGUGCAAACCCAACGACACGCGCACGCUCAUGUGGAUCAACAAGGAGACCUUUAUGUGAAGAGGGCGGGGGGGGGGAAAUCCAAGUUGUGUUUGUAUGUGUGUGUGUUUACCUGGCCACGCCCCUUUUUAGUCAGCUUCAACUUGGGGUGUGCCUAUACAACUUUUUCCCUUACAAUACUGGAGCCUUGAGUAUUUCCCCCACAUUGAUCCGAUACGAUAUCGACAAGAAUCAAACAUACUUUUGUUUUGUAGUGGGGAAUGUUAGACUAACACUAAACUGUUCAUUAUUAACUGUCUGGAAUGGACUCGUGCUGUCAUUAAGUUGAAGUGGAGUGGUCAUUUUUUUUGUUUUUUUGGCGACACCUCAAGCUAAGCUCACGAGAUUGUAAGCAGAAUGGUGCGGACACGUUUGUUACUGGAUACCUUCUUAUACCCUACUGCCUUGGAGACUUUGUUUUUUCUAAAAUAAACUUAUAUCAAAUAGAAGGAGGAAAGAUCACAAAACAAACAACACACACUACGACUACUACUAAUAAUAAUAAUAAUAACAAUAAUAGAUUUUAUUUAUAAAAAGCACUUUACAUUGAGUAAACAACCUCAAAGUGCUACAGUGUAUUAAAACAAUAAAAAUGUGAAAUUAAUAAAUAAAAACUAGAACAGCCAAAUAGCUAAAACUAGUUUGCAUACAUCUAAAAAAAAGUAUUUUUAAAAAAGAAGGGUUUUCAAGCCUUUUUUAAAAGCAUUCUCAGUCUGUGGUGCCCUCAGGUGGUCAGGGAGAGCGUUCCACAGACUGAGAGCGGCGGCGCAGAAAGCCCGGUCUCCCAUUGUUCGUAGCUUUGUCCUCGGAGGUUGGAGGAGGUUAGCCUGUCCGGAGCGGAGGUGUCGUGUGGAGGAUUUGGGGGUGAGUACUUUGAGGUAGAGGGGGGCAUUUCCAUGGAGGCACUGGUGGGUUAGUAGGGAGACUUUGAAUUCAAUCCUGAGUGGAACAGGAAGCCAGUGAAGGGAUUUUAGAUCCUAGCAGCACUAUUCUGUAUGUAUUGUAGCUUCUGGAUGUUUUUGCUGGGGAUCCCAACAAGAAGUGCGUUUCAGGGAAUACUACGAGGGAAUAAUGAACAACAAAUCAAUGAUUGGAGUGACAAACCCAAUAAUGAUAAUAUGAAAACGUGUGUUUUUUAGCGCUUUUUGCAAAUGUAUUAAAAAUAAAAACGAAGAAAUCACAUUUACAUAAUUAUUCACCGCCUUUGCUCAAUACUUUAAUGAUGCACCUUUGGCAGAAAAGUCUUUUAAAAUACGAUGCCACAAGCUUGUCACACCUGGCAGUUUCGCCCAUUGAUAUUGGAUGAGAAGGGUUGGUUUUUAUCCAGCAUGUCUCUGUACAUUGCUGCAUUCAUCUUUCCCUCUAUCCUGACUAGUCUCCCAGUUCCAUUUGCAAAAAGCUUUAAAAAAAUAAAUUUCACAUUGUGUGUAGGAUUUUGAGGACAAAAAUGAGUGCAUUCCAUUUUGGGAAUACGGCUGUAACAUCACAAAAUGUGGGAAAAGUACAGCGGUGUAAAUACUUUCCGGAUGCCCUGUAUACAGUAUGUGACGGAAGCUGCCAAAGCAACGUUAUGCAUGUGUGGUUUACUGCGCGGCCUUUGGUCCGCUGACAAAAAAUAGUAGCGUGAACACUAAACCAACCGCACCAAAGUAUGAGCCAAGUAUUUAUUUUAUUUUGGUCCGUAACAGAAUGCUGCACCCCAAGAGUGAAUGCAGCCGAAAUGACUACAUUAGGUGACUGUGUUAGUAUAGCAUAAAUGUAUAAAUGGCCAAAAAAAAUAUAUAUAUAUAUAAAUAUCAGUAAUUGACUCUUAAGAAAAAUAUUAAAGGUAAUGGAGUCAUACUUUUUUGAAAGUUACUUCUUUGCUUUUGUUGGUCAGUGAAAGAAAUAUGCUCCGACCUGGGGUUAAGUCAAAUUGAACCAUAAACAAAGAGAGACAAUCUAAUCUCGGUCGUAAUGUUGUGUUAUGUUGGCAGAACCAUGUUAUUAUGACGAUGCAUUGUCGUCACUGUCGAACUUGUGUGACCUGCGCCUGGGGAAAAAAACAACUUCCCUGUUUGUUGGUACUUUUCCGGACGGUAUCAUGACCUUUUAUGACAGUUUGUGACGAUAUGCUUCAGUUUUCGGUGUUUGUGUUCGGUCUACCUCUUCCAAUGGCUGUAAUACCAACAAGGUAAAUGUUCAAAGGAUAAAUGUAUGUCAAGUCUUUAUAUAUGUGUGUGCGUGUAUGUAUAUGUAUAUAUAUAUAUAUAUAUAUAUG